AUGGCAGUUCUCUGUACUCCUGACUACCCACACAAUUACCUCUUGAUGAGGAACAGUAAUUUUGAUCAGGGAGCCCCAGGUUCUGCAUACAGCACAUAUUCUGGUAACCAGGGAGGGCCAUUCUUCUAUCCCGGAGGAGCCUAUGGACAGGGAGGGCCUUACUUCUAUCCAGGAGGAUACCAUGGACAGGAGGGCCCAGAUUCUUCCCACAGCUCUUACUCCGGUAACCAGGGAGGGUCUUUCUAUCCUGGUGGAUCUUAUGGACAGGGAGCCCCAGAUUCUUCACACAGCACAUAUUCUGGCAACCAGGGAGGGCCUUACUUCUAUCCUGGAGGAGCCUAUGGACAGGGAGGGCCUUACUUCUAUCCAGGAGGAUACCAUGGACAGGAGGGCCCAGAUUCUUCCCACAGCUCUUACUCCGGUAACCAGGGAGGGUCUUUCUAUCCUGGUGGAUCCUAUGGACAGGGAGGCUCUUCUGCCUAUGACAGCAGCAGCGAAUCCUAUGGCCAGGGUGGAUCAUCCACAUAUGGUGGUGCUGGAUCUUAUGGCCAGGAUUCACCUUCCAUAGGAGGUGGUGGAGCUGAUGACAAUAAUUCCUCCUCCACAUCUGGCAGCCAUCACAGUGAAAGGGAUUUUUAUUUCCCAGGAGGCAGCCAGUCAGGUGGACAUGGAUCAACUUCUCAAGGUAGUGGCUUCUCCAGUGGUCAGGGUUCACCUUCUUCAGGAGGCAGCCAGCCUGGUGGACAGGCUGGAUGUGACUGUUCUGGGGGAAGUUCUGGUGGAUCCCCUGCAUUAGCCAGAAGUGAUUCUGCUGCAAAUGGCUCAUCAUCUUCUGGAGGCAGCCAGUACAGUAGCCAAGAUUCAUAUUCUUCUGGAGCCAGCCAGUAUGGUGGACAUGGGGCAUCUUCUUAUGGAGGCAGCCAAUAUGGUGGACAAGGUUCACCUUCCUCAGGAGGCAGCCAGCAUGGCGGACAGGGUUCACCUUCUCCAGGAGGCACCCAGUAUGCAGGACAGGCUCCAUAUUUCUCAGGUGGCAGCCACUAUGGAGGACAGGGAUUUCCUUCAGGAGUCAGACAGUCUGGUGGGCAGGGUGGAUGUGUGUGCCCCGGUGCAAGUCCAGGUUCACCAUAUUCUGGGAGCACUCAGUACAGUGGACAGGGAUCUUAUCCCUCAGGAAGCAGCCAGUAUGGUGGGCCGGGCUCCUACUCUUAUGGAGGCAGACAACAUGGUAAACCAGGCUACUCUCCCUCAGGAAGCACUUAUUCUGGGAAGCAGAAUUCAACUUUCUCAGGUGGCAGUCAAGUGAGCUCUGCUGGGAAACACUCCACUUCCCAACUCCUGCUGUUAUUCAGUGUUUUGAGUGCCUUCAUGCUCUCUUCUGCUACAUCAAAGUGGUCUAUAUGAACUUCUGAGGAGCUGCUUGGCAUCCUAGACAUGGAUUGUAUUCAGUAAUAUUAGAAUAAUUACUUGAUGUAAGAAAAGAAAGCAAUCCUUCAGUCAAAUUGGCAGGUGUUACUUGGCUGUUAUGUCAUAUGUCGACCUAGUAUGUCAUGCCUCUCGUUGCUUUACCUUUGGUUUUAGUCUGUAGUAGAUGUCAUUAGUUUUGUCAGUGGUUUAGGCAUCACUUUAAGAGAACAUGUUGUAUCCUACCUACUUGAUUGAUUUGUGUUUCCAAUGGGGAAUGUGAUUAAUACCACUUCAAAUCAGAUUGGUGUGACAAAUGCUUAGAAAAGAUUUGGUUAUUAACCACUGCAGAGGAUGUCAAACAAAUUGUCAUCUAUGCAAACUGAGCACCAUGCCAGGGCAUCAGCUCAUAAAAUGAGGCUAACGUAGGCAUCUGAUAAGCAGUUCUCUGAGGGACAGAAGAUGCCGAAGUAAUAUCAGUGUUGUUUUUAGAUUCUAUUAUAAUCAGAUGCAAGCUCAAUAUGCAAAAACCAACCUAAAUAAAUACUCUGUGGGAAUGAAAUUUAGGAGGGUUAUUGUAGGAGCCAAAAACAGCUCAGAGUAAAAGCAAGGCUGAACUCUGUUCAAACUGAUUCCAAAUCCCUGGAGUUCUGUAGAGAAUCAGAUCAGGCAACAUGCCCCAGAUUAGGCUAGAAGCUGAUGAAAACCAAAGCAUUUUCCCUCGGGAAGGAAUGGAAAUUUAAUUAAGUUCAUAAAAGUGAUAAUGUCUGUGCACCUUUUCUCAAGUAUUUACUUACCACUUACCUGUGGUACCUGAUACAUCUGCACAUUGAAUUUCAAGAUAGAUGCUGACAUCUGAAAGCAGGUACAGUAACUGUCUUCACAGAAAAGCCAGGACACAUUUUGGUAUUCAGGAAUGGUUCCACACCCUGCAGCAAAUUACUUUGGGGCUACCAGAGCCACCCUCUGUUGCUGCAGUGGCACAUUAUCAGCAGCAGUGUGUCCAUUACCCUGCCACUCCUACAGCUUCUGCAUCAGCAUUAGCCAUGGGCUAAGCUUGUUUGGUGGUAACAAAGAAUGUUCUCCUAAAGCAUACUUCUAAUUCAUGUCUUGUCAAACAUGUGCCUCAUAUUAAAAUUACAUUUACUGGUA